GGCUACAAGCCUAGAGGUCUUUUCCGAUAACUCUUUUUUUUUAUUAUCAGCGACCCCCAGUGGCUCCUGCGGGCUCUGUUCGUGGCUCGCGCGCCCCCCGAGCAUAUGAGUGAAGGGUUUUUCGUUUUUCUGGACAAAACUUAGAGCAGAAACCAUAGACCACGGAUUCCAAUCUUUCCGGCUUGACUCGCUCCUCUUCUUCUCCAUUUUAUCUUCUUUGUCUUGGGCAAUUUCCUUUUUUCAACAACAUCUCUUAGACUCUAGACUUGUAUCCAUUUUCCUUUUCUCUUGGGGUCUCCCACUCAGCUAGGAACCACACUCCACCACAGCUCGGCUCGGAACACGACCCAACAUCAUGUCGAUUCGCAAGCUCAACGUGCAGACCUUCCCGCGCCCCCCGCUGGUCGAGAGGGCGCCCCGUCACAUCCAGAUCAAGUGGCACGGGCAGCUCAUCGCCGACGUCCCUCCUGGUGAGGCGUACUGGGUUUUGGAGACCCAUCAUCCACCUACUUACUACAUCCCCCCUUCGCUCGUGCGCCUUCCGCUUGCGACCACUCCUAGAUCGACUUUCUGCGAGUGGAAGGGAACCGCCACAUACUACUCCAUCAUGAGUCCCAUUUCGGCCGCCGAGACCAUUUCCAACAGAAUCUGGGCCUACAACGAGCCCGCAAAGGGCUACGAGGCCAUUAAGGGCUACCUUGCCUUUUACGCCUCUCCUUGGGAGUGCUAUGUGGACGGCGAGCGCGCCCAGCCCCAGCCCGGUGAUUUCUAUGGCGGUUGGGUGACGAGCGAUGUCGAGGGUGUCGUCAAGGGCCAGUGGGGUACCUGGGAUCCUGUUCUUUAAGGAAUUCCAGAUCGGGUAGAAAACAAAGAAACAAUUUCAAGAUCAGGGAGUAUGGGGGGAGCUUCUCUUGGUGUGUUGAGGGGUUUUUCUGGAGUUGGGCCGGAAG